AUGGCUCUCCACUAUUGGGACCUACUGGAUGUGCUCAUACCCGGAUGGACCUUUAAGGAUAUCAAACAAGCUACAGAAGCAAUGCAGUUUUUGGGAGAGAAAGAUGAAGACACAUUCGCCCAAUGGAUACAAAAAAAAGCAUACGUACUUACAGAGACCAAAGCAGGAGACACCAUCCAAAGACAGCGUUGUAGGACACUGACAGCGGCAACACGAAUGGGCUAUGCAGCCAAGAUGGGAGUGUGCUUGAACUCCAACGCUCUCCUCGCCAAACUGGAACAGACGAAUGAUGAUGCCGACGCUGUUCUCCAUGAUUUACGUCUUCACAGAAAUGCGUGUAGAAUGUUUGUUGAUACCGGUGAGGAGGCACUGAUUGCCUCAAAGUUCGUCCCAGCUGGUGGUGUCAUUUUGGAAAUGAAUGGGCUUGUGGCGCUGCAGACAGAAUUGGUAAGGCCAGCUGGUGGAGGAAAGUUCAUGUUCCGCUAUGACGGAUUGUCAUCAAAAAGGAGAGACGCAAUUUGUAUCGACACCGAAAAACUUGGGAUAGAUUCGAAAUUCACGAGAAGAUCUUGUAAUCCAAAUAGUGUUCUAAAACGCAUUUUGGGAUCCGAAUCAACGUUGGGCAUUAUGAUGGUUGCUACAAAGACAAUCAAAAGAAACGACGAAGUCACUCUUCCAUUCGACUCAGAUUGGAAGGAUUCUAUGGUCCCUUUGAAGUGUGUCAAGCACACUUCGGAUAAUUCCGUUUGCCCCUUGGAGCGCAGUUGUUUGGAAUCUGUGGAAAAUAUAGAGAGGGAAGAGUCAAAUGGAUCCGAAAUUUGUGAAAAAAUGACGUGUCGUGACAACAACAUUUCUGAACAACCAACUAAAAAACUUUCUCAACAUCGUCCAAAAUCCAAAAACGUUCCAACACCAUCAGCUUCCGGAGCAGCUUCUACUGAUACUUUCGUAUCAAAAGCUCAAACUCUUCGUCGUCUUCGAAAUCAUCGUCAACUCAAAUCUUUGAAAACUCCGACAACAACGACCACUGCUCGUCGCAACAUCAAGAAAUGUGAGUUUUCGCCUGGAAUUUUCUGA